GCGGCUGUCAAACAAACUGUCAGUGGAAUGCGCAACACAACACAAACAACAUUGCUGUGCACAGAAUUUGGAAGCAACAAAAAAAACCCCGCUGGUCCGGUUAAACAAAAUCGUGAAUCGGAUGAAACCGUUCGUGGUGAUACGGAAGCACGAAAAUCAAGAUAAUGUUGCGUUGCAGCGUCUUAUUCGCGAGUUCGUCAUGUCGGGCGCAUGGGAAGCGUUUGUAUCGUGCUUGUUCCGCGAGAUCACCCUGCAGCUGAUCGUGCUCGGUUGGGCGUUAAUGUUCAUCUUUUUCGGCAUCCCGCUGUACAUGUGCGCUCUGGCGAUACCGUGCGUCAUACUGCUGAUAUGGUUCACCGUCUACGGGAGCUACUACAACAAAUCGACCGAGCUGGCACUGCGCCCGUCCAAGCUGUGCUGGGUGGCGGAGAUUUACGAGCCGCUGCUAGCGAUGAACGCCAAAGCCCAGGCGGCCAACAUCGAACGGUGCUACACCGACCGGCCGGGCCCCGAAGUCCAGCAGGAGCUGGGCAAGAUGAGGAAGAACAUUAUCGGUACGAUCAGCUGCCGCAACCAUCUGGCAAUGGACAAUGCGGGAUUCAUUACGCGCCUCGCCGUCAGCCCCAAGUAUGGGCUGACGCCGGUGACCGAGUACCUGAUCCAGCGCGUGCUGCAGUACGCGUCGGACAGUCAGCUGUACGCGAUCGAGACGGUCACCUCCGAGUGCGAUCAGGAUGUGCGGGAAAUUUACUUGAAAAUUGGGUUCAACAUACGCCAGGUGUACCACAAACAGAUUAUCAUUGGCAACACGUUGAAGGUGAUGAAAUCUCAGCUCGGCAUCGAUCUGCACGAGUGGAAUCAAAAUCGGGAAGAGAUUAACGUCGAAGUGCCCGUGGAAUAAGGGGAGCUGUGGGCUUCGGGAGCAGUGGUUCCCGAUGUCUCUGGCCUCCAAAAUCUUAGCACUAGUCUUCGUAUCGAACAAUAACUAUGUUAGCUAUACUUUAUCUACUCUCCAUUACAUUUUAAACGCGGUCAUGCUAGGGACGUCACUGUUUAAAAUUUAUGCAUUUUCGGUAUUAUUUUAGUUUCUGGGGACAAAUACUAUAAGGUGGAUGAAUAAAUAAUUUCACGGUUGGUCUAUACAAAACCGUGCAUUUACUUGAACUAUAAA